UAUUUAUCAAGUGUGUUAUCUCAGUUUAAAAACAAAUGCUAACCAAAGAUGCUUGUCAUAUAUUAGUGAAAAUGUUAUUACAAAUAACGAUUGUUUUAAGCACUAUUGGAUUAGUUUGUGACAGGUGCCACGGGAAUGAAAUCAUUACCCAGUUUGAUGAAGUAACAGAGUCAGAUUUUGCAUUUCCAGAAGAUUUUCAAUUUGGUUGUGCUACUGCUGCGUUUCAAGUUGAAGGAGCAUGGAAUGAAAGUGGAAAGGGAGAAAAUAUCUGGGAUAGACUGAUACAUUCCAAGCCAGAUUUAGUAACCGAUCUUACAAACGCUGAUGUCGCUUGUGAUUCUUAUCACAAAUUUAAAGAAGAUGUGGCUGCACUCAAAACUAUUGGUGUCAAUUUUUAUCGUUUUUCCAUAUCGUGGUCACGAGUGCUUCCCACUGGUGACGCAUCCGUAAUUAACGAGGAAGGAAUCCAAUAUUAUUCUGAUUUAAUAGACGAAUUACUAAGAAACGGUAUUGAACCGAUGGUGACUCUAUUCCACUGGGAUGUUCCACAGCCUUUACAAGAAUUUGGAGGCUUUAUAAAUCCGCUCAUAGCCACGUACUAUACAGACUAUGCGCGUUUGAUGUUUCAACGUUUGGGCGACCGAGUAAAGACAUGGAUAACUUUCAACGAACCGACUGAACAAUGUUUAAAUGGUUACGUAAACAUGGGCGCGCCUCCCAUGAUAGAAGGUUAUGGAGUAGGCGAAUACUUGUGUGCGCAUCAUGUUCUUAUAUCUCACGCGAACGCUUAUAGGGUAUAUGAGAUUGAAUUUAAAGCAAAACAGAAAGGAAGAGUUGGUAUAACUCUUGUGCAGAACUACUUUUACCCGAAAACGAAUACAAGCGAAGACAUUGAAGCUGCAGAACGAGCAAUGCAAUUUAUGAUCGGAUGGUAUGCACAUCCCAUUUUUUCAAAGAGAGGAAAUUAUCCUAAGGUAAUGAUCGACAAUAUUCAAAAAGCUAGUGAUGAGCAACAUAGAAUUCGAUCUCGCCUGCCAGUAAUGGAUGAAGCAAUGAUUGAUCAUAUUAAAGGCACUGCUGAUUUUCUUGGAUUAAACCAUUAUACAUCUCGCCUAGCAUCCAAUGCAAUUUCAGGAAAGCCGAACACCUGGUAUACUGAUCAGAAAGUAAAAUUAGAAUCGGACCCCUCAUGGCCCAGUGCAGCAUCAUCUUGGUUAAAAGUUGUUCCAGAAGGAUUUCGAAAACUUUUAAAAUGGGUUCAAAAUGAAUACCCUGGAAUUGAAAUAAUAGUUACCGAAAACGGAUACUCAGAUCAUGGUCAAUUGGAUGAUCAUGAUCGAGUUCAUUACAUUUGUAGUUACUUGAAUGAAAUGCUCAAAGCCAUAAUUAUUGAUAACUGCAAUGUUAAAGGCUAUGCCCUAUGGAGCAUUAUAGACAAUUUUGAAUGGCUUCGUGGAUUCACAGAGCGUUUUGGUAUAUAUUACGUAAACAUCACGGAUCCAGAAAGAACCAGAAUACCAAAAGAAUCAUCAAGAACAUAUAACAAAAUAAUAAGUACACGAAAAAUACCAAAGGAUUGUUUGAUAGAUCAUAUCUAUUCAUUUAACUGACAUAUCAAUUGU